GCGGGACUUGUGAAUUUCUUCUCCGCUCUCUCUCUCUCUCUCUCUCUCUCAGCUGACGAGAAGGCGUAACCCGGAUUCCGACGCCGGAGCGGAAAACAACGCCUGAAUUGUUUACGCCUUCUCUCGUUUUCUCGCUCAGGUGCCGUUUUACGGGGACUCCCAUUCUUGAUAUUAUUCUGAUUUGUGGACCUUCUUAGUAGGAAGGAGUUCCGGUGACAGGAGGAAAUUAGUCCGCAUUUGCAUUCCUUCAAUUGCUUAUUCGUUUCUUGGAACAUGCUACAAUCCUUUAGGAUCGAUUUUACCUUGGGGGCACCAUCACUGCCUUUUAUGAAUUCCAAAGUUCAUUGUCUCAGCUAUUCUUUUUAACUAAAAUCAAGGACAUGAAGGACUUGCUGACUGAAAGAGAUGUACCGAGGCUCUCAAGCAUUUAAGUGUGGCUUCGACAAAGCAAAAUGUGAAACUUCAAAGCCUGUAAGCUAUGACAGGAGACCUGUUCAUUGCUCUGAAGGAAGUGGCAUUUCUACAUGGAAUGGAGCAGCAUCCUUAGGUAGAAGGACACAUCUCAGUUCAGCAGCUACAUCUGUAUCAGGUUCUGAGACUGGUAACUGCGACGUUGAGUUUGAGGAAAUUGAGCAGGACAGAGAUGGAUCAACAGUUGAUACAUUUUCAUCCUCUGCUAGUUAUGACCUCGGAUACAAAAGAUAUUCUGAGAUUUCAGAAAGUGGAAAAUACUCGGAUGAUGUGUAUGAAAGGGAAGACUCUCUUUCCGAAACCUCAUCAUCUGUAUUGGAUGAGCAUGGGAAAAGCAAAGAAGAGCUUCACUGGAAUGGUUCAGGUAGCUCUCCGGGUGGGAAUUUUAGUGAUAACCUGUCAAGCAGUCAACUGAAAGGACACAAGAAAGGACAGUCGUAUCAAGAAAGAUGGGGUACCUUGGGCCUUAGUGGUGCUGCUACAGGGCAUGAUGCUUCAGGUGGACAAGUUGAUGGUAGAAAAAGCGAAGGUUCAAAAGUUCCAACUGUCAAAAGUUGGCCCCACCCUGGUGGCAGCAGUUCCCUUUCCAGAGGCAAAGAAUGUGCCAACCAGGUCACUGAACGAAGACAAGGAAAAUCCAGGCGAACUAUGUUUAGGCCAAAGCAUUUACCUUCACCUCAAGAAUCUGAUGUUACAGACAGAUCAAGAGAAAUGGUGGAUGACAAUUCAAGGCCAACUUCUCCUGAAAUACAAUCAUUAGAAUCAGCAUCUAGUUCAGAAAACAUCCUGGAAGAAACUGAAAUGGCGAGUUCUCAGUUGAAAUCUGAAGGAAGUAAAAGUCCCUCACGGAUCUAUAUGCAAUUAAACCAUAGUCAGGUUACAGACCAGGACGCACCAACAAAGCCGAUACACAAAUUGCCAUUGUUCCAAGGAAAUUCUAGGGGAUAUUACAAUCAAAUGGCAUUGAAAAACGACAAGCCUUCCAGAUUUCAGUUAAUGGAACCCUCUGUCUCACGUGCUGGAUGCACUGCAGACGAGAUUCCAUCUAAGCCUGAGGAAGACACACUGGAGAUACUAAGAAAAGUGGAAGAAUUACGGAGUUGUCUCAUAAAAUCUCAUUUAUCAACAGGUAGACCAAAUUCAAAGGUUCAUAUGGUUAGCUGUGGUACACAACCUUGUGAGGCUGAUUUCAGCAUCACGCGGGGACAAGUUAGAAGUCCCAUUAGGUCUUAUAAUAGUGACCCCAGAAUGCAGUCUUUGCAUCAUUGUCCUGCAGACUCUAAUCUAGAGGACAAUCUGCGGACAGGCAGAAACCAUCCUGGUCUCCAUGCUCAGACAAGGAGGCCUGGAACAAACAAUUUACAUCCAAACCAUGCCUCCCAGAAACCCGGAACUCGUGGAUCCAAAGGUGGUUCUUACAUGGUCAACAAAAUGGAUUUGGAACCAGAAAUUGUACAGAGUCAAAAUCCUGAUUACUCAACUCCAUGCUUAUUCUGCUCCUCUUUGCAUUGCGAUCCUAAAGACUGUCAAAGACAACCACAGUUUCCUUCUUACAUUUGUUAUAACCAGGGAUCAUGCUAUCAAAGCCCAAAUAGCUGGGUGACUGUUGAUUCAAAAUUGGAAAAUAUUUGCCAUGAAAAGAGGCGCUACCAAGAGAAUGAGGUUGUUAUACGAACAAAGGCAGCUGCUUGUCGCCCAAUAUUUUGUGGCGCACCUUUCUUUAUAUGCCAUGAUUGUUUGAAGUUGCUUAAGCUUCCUUCUGUCUUCUUCCUGUCAAAGAAAAGGGUCAACAAGGUCAAAUGCGGGAACUGCUCUGCAGUUCUCAGGCUUUCUGUUUCUGAAAAUGGACACAUUUCCCCUGUUACAAAACACAAGUCCUUGACAGAAGAAGUAGACCAUAGACGUGGAAAUACUGAUGCAGAAAAAUUUGUAGCUUGCAAAGGACAAGGUUCUUCUGAGAAAGUUGUGGAGAGCAUGCCCACUUCUGAAGAUGAUUUUCAAUCCGAGCUAGUCACAUUCUCUGAAGAACAUAGAACAUCUUUCUCAGGAAGUGAUCAUUCUUCAAAAUGCAAACCAACUUCCCUGACAGACCCAUUUCCUCCUCUCCAACAAAAUGCAUCUGAAAAAAGGGGUUCUCUAAUGAACUCUCCGGAGUGGACAGAAAAGGGAAGUGCUCCAACUUCAAAGGAGUUGAUAGACAAAUAUGAGCAUAUUAGAAAUGAUAGUGGGACUAAUAUCCGGUAUGAAGAUGAUAAUGAAUGUGGGGUGUCAUCCUCUAGAAGUAGGGCAGUCUCACCGCUCAAUGCACGUUUUGGUUCUCCAUACCAUCGGUUGAGAAGAGACCACAGUGAAAGUAGUGAAUCUGAAAAUGCUGAUAUCCUAAUUGCUGCACAUUCCCCUGAACAUGGUUUCAAACCUAUAAAUAAAGGGAGAGUCUCUACUUUGAAUGAGGACCCAGAACCGGGACAAUCUUCAGAUUUCCAGUGGAAAAGUGAUGAAGGUCAGCAGUCAAAAAAAUCAAGCAAAAAUUCAACAAUGUCUGGACUUCUUAAGAACAUAAGAGAUUUAAACAUUAACUUUGAGGGUGCAAAGACAAAGGUGUUUGUGAAUGGAAACCACAUACCAGAUAGGUUGGUGAAGAGUGCUGAGGAACAGGCUGGACCCAUCCAGCCUGGGAACUAUUGGUAUGACUACCAUGCUGGCUUUUGGGGUGUUAUGGGCGGGCCUUGUCUUGGCGUAAUACUUCCAUACAUUCAAGAAUUCGAUGUUCCCAUGCCAAAAGCUUGUUCUGGGGGCAAUACAGGUGUUGUAGUAAAUGGUCGAGAGCUUCAUCAUCAGGACUUGGACAUGCUUUCUAGGAAAGGCCUUCCAAGAGAGGAAAACCGCGAAUACUUUAUUAACAUCAGUGGUCAAGUCACUAAUAAAGUAACUGGAGAACGAUUCAGCCUUGGCAACUUAGCACCAACGGUUGAGAGGAGACGACGUGGGUUUGGGAUGCUUGUUCCACUGGAUAUUCAAGAAUGAGGACAAGCAUAUUGUAAUGUGUAUAUUCAUCCGGAAGCAUUGGAAACCUUCAUUGUUAUUCUUCUUUUGCGGACGUCACACUAUGUCUGCGUGGUUUCAAGGUUUGUUGGGGAUCAGUCAGGCGAAGCUCAUCAUGACGAAUCUCUUUUGGUUCUUCCACUAGUUCGUCUAUUCUAUUCUUUGUUCAUCUGUCCUUUGGUCGUUUCUUUGGAAUUUGCAUGGCAAGAAUCCCCUUACAUCGGUCUUGAUAGAUAUGGAUGUCUUCCUGAAUGCCCUUGUCCACUGGCUGGAGUAUCCCACUGAUCUAAAUCUUAUGGGAAAUGUGCACUUUCUCUCUUGCCAUGCAAAGCUCCAGACGCUGUAUUUUGGUAUCUUUCUCUGUUCUUUAAUUAUUUCAAUCCAUUCAAUUGUUUCA